CGACGCCCUUAUCGUUUUGUUUCCCAAACGACGAUAUCAAACAAACAAUUAACUGUCAAAAUGUGAAGUUGAUUCACCGAAUUCUUGAGGACAUUUUUAAUUAAAAUACGUUGUUCAUAAAUAUUAUCGAUAUGGCAGUCGCGAAUAAGAAGGCGAGUUUUGUAACCAGCGAUUUCGAAGUUUUCGGGAAAGUGCAAGGCGUCUAUUUUAGGAAACACACUCAGAAGAAAGCCAUGGAGUUGGGUCUUAAAGGAUGGGUGAUGAACACUGCUCAAGGGACUGUCGUAGGACAAAUCCAAGGCCCUGCUGUAGCUGUAGAAGAUAUGAAAACCUGGCUGCAAAAGGUGGGAAGCCCUAAGUCGCGAAUUGAAAAGGCUGCCUUCAAAAAUGAAGGGCCUGUUGUUAACUGCGCCUUUAGAUCCUUUGAUAUACGACGGUAAACAAAGACUAGCCUUAUUCUGUGUGCCUUCAAUGUAUUCGAUUAG